AUGGAUCCACCGGAGAGUGCAGAUCCCGCCAACCCGUUCUCUCCGGGCGCCGAUUCUACAGAAGAAGAGGGGCCUCAUGAGAUUCUCGUGCAUGGCCUUAAGGCAAAGUUCUUUUUGAACCAACCUGUCACAGAUCUGCUACCAGAUCGCUACCUGGAGAAGGCCGAAAAUUCGCCAGUCAAAACGAAGCCCUGGGUCUUCCGCAACGACGUGAAAUACGCUCGCGACGUCAGUCUCAAGGAAUGGUCCAAGACUAACAGCCGAUAUCGAGCCGUCUUCAAGACCCUCCGCCGUGUCCCCAAAUUCGAGACGAGCCUCUGGGAGGGAGGAUGUGAGGACUGCCAGGAUGAACUGUCGCAAAACCGGAGUCAUACACAGGCGCAGGUGGUCUUCGCCCUACUAUCCGAGAUCGGGGAAAUGCUGGAGCUGAAAAGAUUGACGGCGGAUGGGAAAAGGUCUUUCUUCUUGAUGUCAGUUGCGCAUUUCCGUCAUGAGGAGGUAUUGCCGCGGUUGAUGGUCUACCAGCUUGAAUAUUGGACGGGAUACCGCGAGAAGCACAGAGAUGCACCAGAUGUCGAUGGAAUUGUCUCCCUCGACUUCGAGCCUGGGAAUAACCGUGUGAUCCCGAUUCUGCCCAUCUCGGUGACAAACUACGCAGAGCCUCUCGAAGAUAACCUCGCCGAUAAGUUCAAGCUCAUCCUCGGCCAACUCCUUCAACACGUUAGGCCCCUCCCCGUGCCUGGCGACAAGGUCCCUGACCAAGAAAUCUUCCUCAUCGGCCAGCACGGCUCAAAGCUCCACAUUAUGCGCACCUUCUUCCCGGGCCAUAAAGUGUCCAGCCUCUGGUGUCGCAGCGAACUACCUUACACCGCAUCCGCCGUCCCCCCAAUGCUAACCCCAAGCCCCCCAACCCCCUCGCCAUCCUCACCAGAAGGAACCAGUACCCACAUCGAGCAUAUUGAAGUCAACGAAGCCGCCCGAUCUCGCAGCAACAGCAACCGAUUCUAUGCAGCGGAGAACAUUGAGCGCGUGCAGCGACACCUUGACGCCGCCAAGCUGAACAUGCUUGACCACGAGCUAGAUACCCGUACAUUCCGAGUCCUCUGCACACGCGAGUACGAUCUCUGGCACGAAGACGACUUUGCCGCUGCUGUAAAAGCCCUCGUUGCUUUGCACAUGUACCUCCUCAGCGGCUCCGCGCAGUGCGGUGCCCUCCAAGCGGUCUUCAACAAGCCCCCGUACCCGCCCGAAAAUCCAGAAGCCGAGAACUGGGAAAACGGGAGGUUCGCCGACGAAAUUCGGCGAAUUUUGGAGGAUUGGUCGCGGGAGGACCGCGACGUGAGGAAUAGUCGGCAGGAAGAGUGGGCGCUCCUGCGUCAGUUCGAGCUCAUGCAGGAGUUGACUGCUGGGCGGAGGAAGUGUAUGCAGGUUAUGAGACGGUCGUGGUGGGAUUUUGUUUGGGAUGAUUUGGAGGGGGAGAGGUUGGAGAGGAUUGAGGGGGUGGAAGUUUCUGACGAAGGUGAAGGGGAUGAAAAUGAGGAGGGAGUACAAAAGGAGGACGAGGUAGAGGGUGGAGAGCAUGGUGAAGAGAUGGAUGAGUCUUAA